AUGUCGAAUUCGUACGCGGUUCUCUUAUUAGGAGUGGUACAUACAUACAUACAUAAAAUCACGCCUCUUUCCCGGAGGGGUAGGCAGAGACAACAUCUUUCCGAACCGAAAUUUCUUACAUUCCGCAGAUAUGACCCGUCAUACGACCCGCUCCUUCUCCAAAGAAUCAUCUACAACCCGCACAACGGCUAUGAGCCCUACUGGAAAGAUGGAGAGUGGCACAUCCGCAACCCUGGGGACUGGGACUUCUCCAACAUCACCACCACGCGGCCCCCCACCGUCUGCGGUGAUGAGUGCCCGUACUUGUUCACCAGAAUUAAGCAUGUAUGUGCUAAACAAUCGAAACAAAUAAGUCACGAUUCCUGCAGUAAAACCGGCGUUCACUACUGUGGUGAGCACGAGAACAUCUGGUAUCCACAGAUGAGAUACGCAUACAAAACCUUCCCGACUUACUGCUCGUUCCUGAACGCGGAAUGCAGUGCCAAGCAGAAUUACGGCUCCCAAUACAAUUUAAUGUACGUCGGCGAAUGUGCGUGGGACUUUAAGGAUUUGUUCAAACCGAUGUCUAAAUCCAGGUACCCUUUGGAGAGGCUGCAAGGGUACCUGAAGGAUUUGAUUGACGAGAGGAACAUGACCAUUCAGUACGUGUCACAGACCUUCCCCACCACGGCGCAGAGGAAACGUGCUCAUGGAUAACUUACUGGAUCCCGUGUCUCUCAUAUCUUCAUGA